UGGACAAGAGAGGAGGACUUUUUCUUGGUUGAAGAUUUACCGUUCGUGUCCAUGUGCAGCAUGAGAGAGCUGGUGAUAUUAGCAGCUUUGGUCUCGGCUCUACACGGGGCCAGUCUCCCAGCAGAAACUGAUGUGGAAUAUAAGUGCCAAAAAGAUCAGGACAAAAUUGCUACAUUAGAAGCUGAGAGGUUCAUUAAUGGCCAUCACCGCCAUGGAUACAAAUUCAAAUUUGUCUCACAGGACAGUCGCAGUGCAGAUGAAAAGAAAGAUCCUUGUGAUGUCAUCUUGGGAAUAACCCUAGAGGAAACUGAAUGCCACAUUGUGAAUCCCAAACCUUUAGAUCAGUGUAAAGCUAGAAUGGAAUCAGAGACGAAAGUGACAGCAAAAUGUAAUGUGACAAUCUCCAGUGUUGAGGGAAAAGCAGCUGUGAAGCGUUAUAUCUGUGACACUGAACCAGGUUCACAUGAAAUGCUUGUGAAAAAAUGCCCUGACUGCCCCAGUCUGCUGCCCUUGCAUGACCCGAAGGCUCUGGAGAGUGUGAAAACUGCCCUGCAGAAAUUCAACAAACAGUCUAAUCACAAGUCUUACUUUAAACUGAUGGAAGUGGGAAGGAUCAGCACACAGUGGAUGUUUUCGGGUCAAAGCUACUUUGCUCAGUUUGCCAUUAUGGAGACAAACUGUACAAACAAGGAGGCACUCCAGAAAGAAGAAGCAUGCAAGGCUUUAUGUUGGGAUCAGGCUCGGUAUGGCUUCUGUAAGUCCUCCAAGGUCGGAACUGAGGAACCAGAAGUGGAAUGUGAGCUUUACGAAGCUCAGAACAUAACUCAUCCAAUGAAACACCCUGCUCAGUCAAGAAGAGACUGUAAAUUCCAUGGUCCCCCACGCCCCCACCAUCCAGGACAUCAACCAGGACAUCACCCAGAACAUGCAGGGCAUGACCACAAAGAUAAAAUACCUGGUCAUAGGGGGCGUCCAGAACUCCGAGGCCAUGACCACAAGGACAAAACACCUGACCAGAGGGGCCGUCCAGAACACGCAGGCCAUGACCACAAGGACAAAACACCUGACCAGAGGGGCCGUCCAGAACAUGCAGGCCAUGAUCCCAAGGACAAAAAACAUGAUCACAGGGGCCGUCCAGAACACGCAGGCCAUGAUCCCAAGGACAAAAAGCCUGACCACAGGGGACCCCCAGAACAUCCACAUCUCUGUCCAAGAGGCCCUCCAGGAGUUCCAGAAUCAGCACCUGAAGCCCGCCAUGAGUUCCCAUGCCAUGGCUUUGUAAAAAUACCCCCUUCUAUUUAUCCAAUCUGUCCAUUCCCUCCACCACGUCUUUGCUGGACCCCUCCAGGCCUUGUACUCCCUGGUCCUCCUCCUUCUCAGUAACUAACACUAAAUUCUGUGGAGGAACAUUCAGAUUUCAUCCUAUGUUGGCAGGUUUUAAAGGGCAAACAUUCAAAACUGAACAACAUAAAAGUGUUAAUGUCUCCAGAAUUUUCAGUCCAAUAAAUAUCGUUUACUGA